CGCCCCCGGUCCCUGGAGGUGUGACGUCAGACCUGCGCCCCGCGGAACGCGGCUCUGGAACCUCUCGGACCGUGGACCGUGAGAUCCCCGCCCCCCCCCCCCCCCCAUCCCGGGGACCCGGCUGCUCAGCGACUGCUCGACCGCCAUCGACCGUACUGCUCGCGAUGCCUCGGCCGCGGGGAGACGUGACCGCCCUGGUCCUGGGCCCCCCGGGCUCGGGCAAGUCGGCGCUGAUCGCCGCGCUGUGCAACAAGGGCGUGGAGACCGUGGACAUCCCCGAGGGCCGGCCGGACUCCCGCAUCCCCAGCCUGCAGGCCGCAGGCCCGGGCCUGUUCCUGGGCGAGCUGAGCUGCCCGCCCGCGGAGCCGGGGCCCUGGGCGGCGGAGGCCGACGUGCUGGUGCUGGUGCUGCCGGGCCCGGAGGCCGGCGGGGAGCCGCUCGCCCCGGCGCUGGGGGAGGCGGCGCGGGCCGCCCUGGCUCGCAGGGUCCCGCUGCUGGCCGUGCGGAGACUCGGGCCCGGGGAGACGCGCAGCGGAAGCGGCGUCCGCGAGCACACGGCGGCUCUGCUGCACCGCGCGGGCCUGGAGGCCGCCGCUCUCUUCGUGCUGCCGGGCGACUGCGGCGGCCGGGCCGACGGCGAAGGCUGCGAGGAGCUGGAGCGCCUGCAGGCGGCGCUGCAGAGCCGGGCGGAGGCGCUGCAGAGGCUGCUGCCACCGGCCCAGGAUGGCUUCGAGGUGCUGGGCGCCGCCGAGCUGGAGGCCGUCCGCGAGGCCUUCGAGACGGGCGGCCUGGAGGCGGCGCUGUCGUGGGUUCGCGCCGGCCUGGAGCGACUGGGCAGCGCGCGGCUGGACGUGGCCGUGGCCGGCACCGCCGACCUGGGGCUUGUGCUGAACGUGCUGCUGGGCCUGGAUCCGGGCGAGCCGGGCGCUGGUCCUGCGGCGCUGCCCGCGGAGCCCACGGCCUUCCCGGCCCCGGAGCGCCCCAACGUGGUGUUGUGGACCGUGCCGCUGGGCCCCGCGGGCUCCGCCGCCACCCCGCACCCCGCCCACUACGACGCCCUCAUCCUCGUCACCCCGGGGGCCCCCGCCGACAAGGACUGGGCCCGAGUCCGGCCCUUGGUGCUCCCGGGUGCACCUCUGGUCUGCGUGCGGACUGAUGGCGAGGGGGAGGACCCCGAGUGGCUGCAAGAAGAGGAAGAGGCGGAGAAGCCCGAGCAAGAGGGCUUCGGGGGCGUGGAGAAAGCCAGCGGCGAGGGGAGAGAGGAGCGCGGGCCGGGAGCCCAGGCAGCCGGCGGGGAGAAGGCAGGGUGCACCGUGGCGGGGAGCCCGGAGGACGAGACCUGGGAGGUGCUGGAGGAGGCGCUGCCACCCGCCUUUCCCCUGCGGCCGGCCGGGCUCCCCGGGCUCUGCGCGUGGCUGCAGCGCGCUCUGCCCGCCAACCAGGCGGGGGCGCUGCUGCUGGCGCUGCCCCCGGCGUCCCCGGGUGCUGCCCGCAGGAAGGCGGCGGCGCUGCGGGCUGGAGCGUGGCGACCGGCAUUGCUGGCCAGCCUGGCCGCGGCGGCCGCCCCGGUGCCCGGGCUCGGCUGGGCGUGCGACGUGGCACUGCUGCGGGGUCAGCUGGCGGAGUGGCGCCGGGCGCUGGGGCUCGAACCCGCGGCGCUAGCCCGGCGGGAGCGCGCGCUGGGCCUGGCCCCGGGGGAGUUGGCGGCGCGCACGCGCUUCCCGGGCCCGGUGACGCGCGCCGAGGUGGAGGGGCGCCUGGGCGCCUGGGCGGGCGAGGGCACCGCGGGCGGUGCAGCCCUGGGCGCCCUGUCCUUCCUGUGGCCCGCGGGCGGCGCGGCGGCCACCGGGGGCCUGGGCUACCGCGCGGCGCACGGCGUCCUGCUGCAGGCGCUGGACGAGAUGCUGGCGGAUGCCGAAGCCGUCCUGGCGCCUCCAGGCCACUUGGAGCAGAGGACUCCGAGCCCGGGUUCGAGGGAGAGCCCCCGGGGAUCCUGAGUCAGACGCGGGGUGCUUGGGGCUCUGCGGGUUGUGGGCGGGCGGGGAGCACCACUUUGAACCCUGGAUGUUGUGACUGCUUGGACUCUGGGUCGGGAAGGAGAGUGGGUGGGUCCAGGGGGCACGGGGCGUGGCACCCAGGUGUCUAUGCUGAUGGGAGCCUAGUGGUUGCAUUCCAGGGUGGGGGUGGGGGUCUUGGUUUCUACCAGGUGGGGGGACUGGAGCUGUUGGGAAGAAGAUGCAUGAGGGUGAGGGUCUGGAGCCGCUAGCUGGAGGGCAGUGUAGGGCAGUAGCCCUGCCUUCAGCCUCUCAAAAAGAGGCACAUGUUUUGGUUUUUGUCUUUUUUAUUGAGGGAAGCUUCCGGGAUGUCAGGCUUCUGGCUGCUGGGGGUGCUCGGGUCGUGCUUCCCGAUUGCUGGUAGUUGGAAGUCUGCAGCUGAGAGGGCAAGGGGCUAUGGGGCAGGACCGUAGAGGGACGUCCCCUGAGAGAGACCACCCAGACCACACUGAACGGAAGUAGCCAGUGCAUCUCUGCCAGUGGGUUUCCCUGUAGCAAGUAUUACGGUUGAGUGUUACUUAUUUACAUAUUUAUCGGUUUACCUAUUAGGCUGCUAUUAACCCCCCCACACACCGCUCGCGCACAUGCCUGUCUUGUUGGCUGCUGUUCUCGCAAUACUUUGAACAGAAUACACUUAAAGUAGACACACUAGGUGCCUGUUACAUAUUUAUGGUUGUCAUUUGUCAGCAGAACUGAGGCUAGAAAUUAGCUUGUGGGGAUGGGCAGGAGAAAGGCUUCAGCGGGAGAGGAAGCUGCUACCUGGGGCCACAGGGAGUGGGAACACUUGCCCCUGUCACUCCCUGAGCCUCGGCCCAGUGUCUUAACGUCCCCUGUGAGGUGGAAGGUGGAAGGGCUGGACAAGAACGCUUCCGGGCUUCUGUUUCCCCUGACAGCCGAAGGCGGAGAAUCGGGUCCCCAGGGGCCGGUUCUUGAGGAAGGGCACCCCAAUCUCCAACCAGAACUCUGGCCCAGUUCGUCCCAGAAAAGCUGAGAUGGCCAGGGUCAGAGAAAGUCUCUGGACUCAGGGCUGAGUGGCUCCAGGCAUUGUCUUCAAAGCUCUUUGCUGAAAGAUGCCGGCCAUCCAGUACAACAUCUGGCUGUGACUCCUCUCCACUUGGUGCACUGGCCAAGUGAAGUCAGACUGCAGAGCAGUGCAGUCCAGAAGUGGAGGCAGAGUUAUAGGUGACCUUGGAUUUUUCUUUAUUAUUAUUAUUUGCCUCCAGGGUUAUUGCCGGGGCUCAGUGCCUGCAUUUCGAAUCCACUGGUCCUGGAAGCCAUUUUUUCCCAUUUUGUUGCCCUUGUUAUCGUUAUUUUGCCAUUGAUGAUGUUGUUCAAUAGGACAAAGAGAAAUGGAGUGAGGAGGGCGAGAAAAAGAGAGACACCUGCAGACCUGCUUCACUCCCUGUGAAGCGACUCCCCUGCAGGUGGAGAGCCAGGGGCUCAAACCGGGAUCCUUAGGCCGGUCCUUGCGCUUUGCGCCACGUGCGCUUAACCUGCUGCACUGCCGCCCGGCCCCCUGUUAUUUUUAUUUUUAUUGCUGGGGAUUAGGACAGAGAAGUUGAGAGAGGAUGGAGAGAUAGUGAUAGGUACCUGCAGACCUCCUUUACCACUUGUGAAGCGGCCCCUCUGCAGGUGGGGAGCAGGAGCUCAAACCCGGGUCCUUUUGCCUGCUGAUAUGUGCACUGAACCAGGUGCACCAUACCUGGCUCCCAGGUGUUCUCUUUUGUACCCAUCCCACUAGAGCACUGCUUAACUCUGGCUGAUAGUGGUGCAAGGGGCUGAGUCUGGGGCUUCAGAGUUUCAGGCAUGACCAUCUUUUACAGAACUCUUAUGCUUGUGGGCUCUCAGAAAGGUCAUGAUGUAUUUGUCUAUGCAAAAGUGUGUCAUGAGUGGUCCAGGAGGUGGCACAGUAGAUAAAGCAUUGGACUCUCAAGCGUAAGGUUCUGAGUUCGAUUCCGGCAGCACAUGUACCAGAGUGAUCUCUGGUUAUUUCUCUUCCCCUCCCUAUUUAUUUAAAAAAAUAUUUUUUAAAAUGUGUCAUGACUUUUCUGACAACCCAGUGCCUCCCCAGCCCCAACCUUAGAUUUUUCUAGUAACCAGAUUAAAAAAAAAAAAAAGUCAAAAAAGAUGGAUCCCCCCUCAUAAUAUGUUUGAUUUAACCCACUAUACCCAGAGUACUUAUCCUCAGCAUGUGAUCGAUGCACAUUACUAUGUAUGAGGGCACUGCUGCCCGUUCUGUUGUGCUAAGUCUCGGGGCUUGGUGUGUGGUUUGCACUGAGCAUGUCUCAGCUCUGAUGCUGUUUUUAUCAGACCUCCAUUUAGGUUUACAGAAAUCAGAUACAUAGACCUAAGCUGGAACAGAUCUAACAGCUGCUUUGUAACUAAGAUAACUAUCCACUUUUCUGUUCUUUAAAAGCAAAUGAAGGCGCCCAGGAAGUAGUACAGUGAGUGAGGUUCUGAACUUGGAAGCAUGAGGUGUUCCGAGUUGGAUGCCUGGCCUCCCAUGUGAGGCUCUGGUUCUUUAUCUGCUUACCUAGCAUGUACCUGUCUGGUUGUAAGUCAGUGCAAUCUAACAAAGAUUAGAUGGGUGGCCCAGGAGGUGAGCAGUGAAUGAAGUGCUGAGUUCUCAAGAGUGAGGUCCUGACUGGCCCCUGGCAUCAUGUGCCAAGUAGCACUGUUUCUCUUCCUCUCCUCUCCACUUGUAAACGAAUAGAUAAAUCUUUUUAAAAUUCUUUUAUUAUUUAUUUUUUAUUAGAGACAGCCAGAAAUCGAGAGGGAAGGGAAUGAUAGGGGCUGGGUGGUCACAAUGCACAGGGAUCCAGGUUCAAGCCCCUGUCCCUACCUGCAGGGAGGAAAGCUUUACAAGUAUUGAAGCAGUGCUGCAGGUGUCUUUCUGUCCCUCUUCCCCUCUGUCUUCCCCUUCCCUCUCAAUUUCUGUCUAUCCAAUAAAUAAAUAAAAGCUGUAAAAAAUAAAAAAUGGGGGGGAGAUGCCUCCAAUUCUGUUUUACCACUUGCAAAACUUUCCCCCUGCAGGUGGGGGCUGGGGGUUCAAACCCAGGUCCUAUUUUUUUAUAUAUAUUUUAUUUUCCCUUUUGCUUCCCUUGUUUUUUUAUUGUUGUUGUAGUUAUUGUUGUCGUUGGAUAGGACAGAGAGAAAUGGAGAGAGGAGGGGAAGACAGAGGAGGAGAGAAAGACAGACACCUGCAGACCUGCUUCACCGCCUGUGAAGCGACUCCCCUGCAAGUGGGGAGCCGGGGGCUCAAACCAGGAUCGUUACACCGGUCCUUGCAGUUUGCACCACGUGCGCUUAACCCGCUGCACUACCGCCCGUCUCCCAAAAUGUUUUUAUUAGUGUUUUCAUAUACUAUAUUUUUGUUUGCUAGGGACAGAGAGAUUGAGUGGAGAGAGAGAGAGAGAGAGACACCUGCAGCCCCGCUCCACCACUUGGGAAGCUUUCCCCUUGCUGGUGGGGAAAACCUGGGUCCUUGUGCGUGAUAACACUUCGCCAGGUGCACCACCGCCCAGCCCCAAUAAAUGAACCUGUAAAAGAAGAAUAAAAGUAAACGCAGAGCCAGAGAGAUAGCAUAGUGAUUACGCAACAGACAAUUUAUACCUCAGGCUCUGAAGCCCCGGGUUCAGUCCCCAACUCCUCCAUAAGCCACAUCGGUUAAAGAAAAAUGAAAGAAAAUGCUGCUCGACAGCUUCCCAGCCGCCACAUUUCAGACACUCAGUAGUCCACGGCUGCAGUGUUGGCUUUCCAUUCUGCCAGGAAAUGCACCGCUCUGGGGUGGGGGACAGACCCCGCGAAGCUCUGGCAAGUCACUCUGCCAAUGGCAUCUCCCACACAGGCUUACUGCGCAGGCUCAGUGUUCGUAUGGACCUGCCUGUACUCGCUCACACAGCGGCAUGUGUUCCUCUCUGGGGGAACCCGACCUGCUGACCUGCCUUGUUGCCCUGCUCCCGUGCUGGCAACGCCCGGGAGGCUCAGCUCACCUGGGCAGUUGUGCCCCGCCUGCACUCCCCAUCACAGUGGACUGUGCUUGGGUGCCGUCAGCCCUGUGCUGCUCUGUGAAAUCCUCUCUCGGCUUCUGUGCCGAAGUCUGGAUCUGAGAAAGCAAGCUCUGGUUUUGUGUGUGUUGGGAGGAAUGGCCGCUGUGCUGUGUCACUGUAGAGAGACACUUGUGGACAUGGUGACCACUUGUUGAUAUGGUCAUCUUUAAAUCAGCACUUUGUUUGUUUGUUUUUACCAGGACACUGAUCAGCUCUGGUUUAUGGUGGUGCCUUGGAUUGAAGCUCAAAUUUAGAGCCUCAGGCAUGAGAGUCUCUUUGCAUAACCAUUAUGCUAUCUACCCUCACCCUAAAUCAGCACUUUGAAUGGGAGUGACUUUUAGGCUUUGUGGAGACAUGGGGUUUGCAAAUGAGGCCUCAUUCCAUGGAACCAAAGAAGAAAGGACUUUUAUUUUUUUCUUUCUGUCUUUUUUUUUUUUUUUUAGUGUUUAUUUUUGAGAGAGAGAGAAACACCAGAGCACUGCUUAGCUCUGGCCUAUGGUGGUGCGGGGAUUGAACCUGGGACCUCGGAGCCUCAGGCAUGAGGGUCUCUUUGCAUCUAAGCAUUAUGCUAUUUACCCCUCCCCAGAAAGGGCUUGAUAAUCCUUAUGGCUAGGUCCCUGGCGGCCACCUCAGUGCCCGUGCGGUGCAUCCAGGCUAGAAGUCCCUGGAAAGGAAGGACACAGGGACUUGUCUUGCUAGAGCCAUCAGCAGAAGAUCACAGAAAAUGUGAGUGGGUGAGGUGGCCUUGUACAUUUCUGGUUAGUGAUGGAGGAGCACCAAGGAGGUCUGUGGUGUAUUUUGGAAGAAUGAAUAAAAAUGAGUACAAAACUC